UUUUUUUUUUUUAAUCAUGGAAGUCGAGCCAACGACGACCGAGUCCUUUGCAGACAAUAACGACAGCAUUGGCAACGAUGAGCCAGUGCCACAGCACUCGCUGCAGACGCUCGUCUUCCGAUCCGUCAAGCGAACACACGACAUGUUCUUGUCAGACUAUGGCGCCCCAGUCGAGAUCCCCGUCGAGCACCCAAGUGUCAGGUUGUGUCUGGACGCGAAAUUCCAGGACGAGUACUCGCAUCUCAGUCUGCAGGCUGCUCAGAAAGGGUCGGCUGGCCCUCUUGGACCCGCUGCUGCUGGUGCCGCUGCUGCGGUUGCGCAGAAUGGAUCUGCACCAGCCAGCAUGCUGAUGCUAACAAACGGCGCGGCUGGAAACGUGGCCACAGUUGUGACUGGCUCGACCGAUGCUUCAUCUCGCGCGAUGGUGGUAUCGCAGGGUCGAUCCAACCCAGUACUUCAAUCAGCAGCAGCUGCGGCAGCGGCUGCGGCAGCUCUCCCACAGACACGUGCCCUGGCGUUGCAAGCCAGCGCACCAAAGAUGCCCAAGCCAGAUUGGCAUCCGCCGUGGAAGCUGAUGCGCGUGAUUAGCGGUCACACUGGCCUGGUUUACUGCAUAGCGAUGGAUCCUACCAAUCAAUGGUUUGUCACGGGCUCGGCCGACCGCAUGAUCAAGGUUUGGGACUUGGCCAGCGGCACCUUGAGGCUGUCGCUGACGGGUCACAUUUCGUCGGUGCGCUCGCUGGCCGUGUCUGCGCGGCACCCGUACUUGUUUUCGUGCGCCGAAGACAAGUCGGUCAAGUGCUGGGACUUGGAGAGCAACAAGGUCAUCCGGCAUUACCACGGCCACAAUGCGGCCGUGUACACGAUGGACUUGCAUCCCACCCUUGACGUGCUCGUGACUGGCAGUCGCGAUGCCACUGCUCGCGUCUGGGACAUGCGAACAAAAGCUUGUGUGCAUGUCUUGACAGGGCACAAGUCGCAGAUUGAUGUUGUCAAAACCCAAGCUGCCGACCCACAGGUUAUUACCGGUGGUGCCGAUCAUACCAUUCGCCUGUGGGACUUGGCUGCCGGCAAGACCCGCGUUGUUCUGACCAACCACAAAAAGAGCGUUCGCACAUUGGCACUCCAUCCAACCGAGUUUUCGUUCGUGUCGGGCGGCGCUGACAACAUCAAGCAAUGGCGCUUCCCCGACGGCAUGUUCCUCCAGAACAUGGAAGGCCACAACACCAUUAUCAACACUGUGGCUGUCAACCACGACAAUGUCCUCAUGUCCGGCGGUGGCGAUGGUACGAUUUUCGCGUGGGACUAUAAGACGGGAUACAACUUCCAGCAACUCUCCAGUCCUGUGCAAUCGGGCUCGUUGGACAGCGAGGCUGGCAUGUAUGCGUCCACAUUCGACAUGUCUGGCGCACGGUAUUUGACUUGCGAUUUCGACAAGACGAUCAAGGUUUACAAGGAAGACGAGACUGCGACUCCCGAAUCGCACCCAUUGAACUGGAAACCCGGAAUGCUGAAGCGACGAUAUUGAGCAGACACAAAAGCAUUUUUUUUUGGUGUUUCUGCAACAUGCUUUAUUGUGCGUUUCGUGAAAUAACACUGUUAGAUUGGCACGAAA